AUGCUUUUUUACAAAGCUGUAGAACAGUCGUUAUUGCAGAUCAUCCCAGUUAAAGCAGUUAGGAUUGAACCUCUAUCAGAAGGAGGGUAUUUCGCCAUAGAUGGAGAACCCUGCAAGUCGGGAUCAUCGUUUCAGGUGAAAAAUACCAGAUUUUGUAAGGCUCUUUUAGCAAGUGUACUUUCAAAUUACUAG